AUGGCAGCGAACGACUUCUACCAGCCUUACACCUCAGACCACUCCCAACAGCAACAACAGCAACAGCAACAGCAACAGCAACAGCAACAGCAACAGCAACAACCCUUAAAUCCCGACAGAACGUCACCUCCGCCAGUCUGGUCCAACCAAAGUCUUCCUCCACUUCGCACCCCUUCGCCAUACGGUGCGUAUGGAAACCCCUAUGACCGCGACGGUUGUCAGUAUAAUCCCCGCUCAGACCAUGGCUAUCCCCCUUCCCCUGGAGUUCAAAGUUUCGGAGGAGCUGUCGGCGGAGGCAUAGGCAUGACGGGAAGGCCGCAUGGCACUGAUUACUACGCAGACGAUAUCCCUCUCAAGGCCAAUGCUCAGCCAACCACUGGUGGACGGCCGGAGUGGAUGGAUCCAGAUACCCACUACCCCCUUGAGCGAGAGAGCCAACGCGUGCCACUGAACCCAAACCCGACAGCGAGACACUCGAAGGGAUGGGAGAGGAAAGGGAGAAGGUGGCUGAAGAAGAAGAUACCUUUUGUAACGUACUUUGUUACCCUGGUGCAGGUUGCUGUGUUUAUUGCGGAGUUGGUUCGGAGUGGAUCCCCAAUCAUGACCAAACCACAGUUUAACCCCAUGAUCGGCCCAUCGCUCUAUAUUCAGAUAUACAUGGGUGCCCGAUACGUUCCGUGUAUGCGGAACGUGGAAGGCGUCCAAAACAACCCAAAUGCCACGAACGGCCUCGUCCCCUUCCCUUGCCCAAAUACCACAUCCUCAGACCCCUCUGCUCCCGAAAACCUAUGCCGUCUCUCCGAUCUCUGCGGUUUCAAAAAGACCAACAAGGUUCAUGAUCCGACACCCAACGGCAGCCUUGACGAUAGACCAGAGCCAAACCAAUGGUUCCGCUUUAUCGUCCCCAUCUUCCUACACGCCGGUCUGAUCCAUAUCGGAUUCAAUAUGAUGGCCCAACUCACCAUCGGCGCAGACAUGGAACGCGCAAUCGGUUGGUGGCGUUACGCCGUCGUCUACUUCGCCAGCGGCAUCUUUGGCUUCAUCCUCGGCGCUAAUUUUGCGCCUGCCGGCAUCGCCUCCACCGGCGCCUCGGGGAGUCUAUUCGGGAUCUUCGCCCUUGCUUUUCUUGACCUUCUGUAUUCCUGGAGUAGUCGGUCGAACCCCGUCAAGGAACUCCUCAUUAUGCUGAUUACGAUCGCCAUCUCCUUCGUCCUCGGCCUCCUACCCGGCUUGGACAAUUUCUCGCACAUAGGCGGUUUCAUGGUUGGCUUGGUGCUGGGCAUUUCUGUUCUUCGCUCACCGGAUAAGCUGCGCAAGCGCAUCGAUUCGAUAACUCCUCAUCACGAUCCCUAUGACCCACUAAGUGCUAGCGGGGCCCUAGGAGCCGGAGCUGGGGCCGGCGGUGCAAUUGAUAAUCCAAAGACGGCGUUCAUGGUAAAACAGCCUGUGAAAUUUUUCCAGGGGAGGAAGCCGCUCUGGUGGGCGUGGUGGGUUAUUCGGGCGGGGACCUUGGUGGGGAUUCUGGUUGCGUUCAUCCUGUUGUUGAAUAACUUUUAUAAGUAUCGGUCGACGUGUGGGUGGUGCAAGUAUUUGUCGUGUUUGCCUAUUGCAGGGAAAAAUUGGUGCGAUGUUGGGAAGAUCGGUUAG